AUGGAGCUGAUCAGAGAGGUUGUUGGGUUAGUUCGGCAGCAGAGGGGACCACAGCAGCUAUUUCCCUCUGCUAGUUCUUCAGAUCAGGGGAGGAGUAUAGCAGAGUUCAGGAAGUUGGCUCCUCCGGCCUUCAAGAAAACUACCGAUCCCCAAGAGGCCGAAUGUUGGAUAGAUGAGAUGGAGAAGGCCUUCAGGGCCAUGGGUUGUAUUGAGGAGGAAAAGAUCAGAUUUGCCACCUAUAUGCUUCAGGACCGGGCUCAUCAUUGGUGGGAGUCUGUGGAGAGGACCAUGAUGCAGGAUGCAGGAUCAGUAACCUGGCCGGGAUUCCGCAUGGCCUUCUACUCCAAGUAUUUCCCUUCCAGUCGUAUCAGGGAGCUGGAGAGGGAGUUUCUGAGCCUCUCUCAGGGGAGUAUGACUGUGGAAGACUAUGAGGCUGAGUUUGAUCGGUUGUCCCGUUUUGCACCAUCUCUUGUCCAAGACCCUAAAUCUAGGAUGAGUAGAUUUGAGGAAGGACUGAGGCCUCGCCUGCGUCAGGGUUUAGCUGCUGUUCACUCGACUGAUUAUGAUGACCUAGUUGACAGAGCUAAAAAUAUGGAGAUCAUCUGGAAGGAAACACAUGAUGCUCAGAAAGGGAAGUCGAAGAGGACCAGGGACUUUGAUUCUGACGGUGAGCGGCAUCUGCGCCGACCUAUGCAGUUCCGUCCAGGAGCAGGGCAGCGAGUUCCAUAUGGGAGGACUGCACCGGAUCGCAGGGGGAUAUCAGGAGUGUGCUUCAGGUGUGGCCGGACUGGACAUAGAGCUGUUGAGUGUCUUCAGACACGGCCUGGUAUUGGAGCAUGUUUCAGGUGUGGUCAGCAGGGCCACCGGAUAGCUGAGUGCCCUCAGACUCAGACUGUUUCUGGAGUUUGUUUCGGGUGUGUACAGGCUACCCAGUCAGCUAUCCCCAGGCAGCAAAGGGGAGGAGGAUCUCGUACCCAGGGACGAGUUUAUGCACUGACUCAGCAGGAUGCUCAGGCAUCCAACACUGUAGUGACACGUACACUGUUGGUAUCUUCCACUUAUGCUUAUGUGUUAUUUGAUUCUGGUGCUACGCAUUCUUUUAUCUCAUCUUCAUAUGUCCAUAAGUGCGAUUUACACUACUCUUCCUUAGAGAGGGAAUUAUGCAUUAGUACUCCAGCUGGGGGUACGAUGACAGUUAGUCAGAUCUGCAUUUCCUGCCCAGUACUAGUUGAGGGUAGAGAUUUGAGAACUAAUUUGAUUGUUAUGAAUCUGCAUGAUUUUGAUGUAAUCUUGGGUAUGGAUUGGUUGGCUGCAUAUCACGCUACCAUAGACUGUUUUCUGAAGAGUGUGACCUUCCGGAUCCCGGGUAUUGAUAAGUUCAGUUUUAUGGGUGAUGACUGGGGUGUCUCUUCUCAGGUAGUAUCUGCUAUGCAGGGCAUAAGAUCUCUUAGAAAAGAGUUUCCUAUCUUUAUGGCCGCAAUUGCAAAUUCUGAACAGUCUGAACAGAGAAUUGAGGAUAUACCAGUAGUCAGUGAGUACCCUGAUGUCUUUCCUGAUGAUCUGCCAGGCUUACCUCCUGAUAGAGAUGUCGAGUUUGCUAUUGAUAUAAUCCUUGGUACUGCACCUUUGUCUAAAGCUCCUUAUAGAAUGGCCCCUGCUGAACUAAAGGAGCUAAAGGACCAAUUACAGGAGCUAUUGGAUCUGGGUUUCAUUCGACCUAGUGUCUCUCCUUAG